AGCUGCGGGGCCUGAUCUGAUCCGAUCCUGACUCCUGCAAACACCUCAUCUCGUCCUUCUUUUUUCCAGGUGAUCGCUGCACUGAAACAGCUCUGAAAACACGUGAGGGAGGACAGCAGCCAAGAUGAAGCAUUUUCUGAGAGUGGUGACCCAGUUCUUCGUCUUCCUCUACUGUAAACUGCUGUGGCGGGGCCUCAAGUUUGUCGCCAGGAAGUUCACGGGACGCUGCGAGCUGCAGCGGAUCUGCUACAACAACAAGCACGGAGCCCGCAGGACCCUCAAGAUUGAGUCCUCCCUGAGAUACUCCAAGAAUGAGCUGCUUCAGUCUUCCCUCAGCGUCCACCCGGAUAAAGUGGAGAAAACCAUCGACAACAUCAUGGCCUUGAAGAAGAUUAACCCUGACACCAACCCACAGCUGGGCAUCUCCCUUCAGGCCAGCCUGCUGCAGAUCGUGGGCUACAGGAGUCUGGUGGCCGAGGUGGAGAAGCUGCGCAGGGAACCGUACGACUGUGAAAACCCUGAGAACGAGAAAAUGCUGAUGAAGCUCUGGAAGGAGCUGCGUCCUGACACUCCUCUCACCAGCCGCAUCUCCAAACAGUGGUGUGAAAUUGGUUUCCAAGGCAGCGAUCCCAAAACUGAUUUCCGAGGCAUGGGCCUGCUGGGUCUGCACAACCUGCUGUAUUUUGCAGAGCAUGACAAGGCCACCGCUCUGCAGAUGCUUCAUGACUCUCUGCAACCAAAGCACAAGAGCACGCACAGAAAGCCAAGUGAGAUAAACAAGCCUGAAUGGGAACAGAAGAACCUCGACAAGGCUAUUGGAUUCUCUUUUGCCAUUGUGGGCAUCAACAUCACAGACCUGACCUACUCUCUGCUGGUGAGCGGCGCUCUGAAGACCCACCUGUACAACGUGGCCCCAGAGAUGCCGAGCCUGCUGCACUUCCAGCAGACCUUCUGUUACUUGAUGCAGGAGUUCCACCGCUUCUGGAUCGAGGAGGAUCCCAGCGACAUCAUGGAGUUCAGCCGGGUCCGCUCCAAGUUCCACCGGAGGAUCCUGCGGCAGCUGAAGAACCCGGACAUGGCUCUGUGCCCCCACUUCUCCGCCUCCGACCUCCACCUGGUCAACCUUUAAACACCUGCCCCCCCCCUCCCCCCCCUCCCUCACACCCUCACAGAGUCUCCCCUCGGGUGUCUGGUAGGCCAUUAAAAAAAUCAGAAAACCCCUUUACCCUCACGUCUGGGGAGACUCUGCUCCGUUCUCGUGCUCAGCUAACGUCAUGUUGCGUCACUGCCAAAAGCUCAUACAGCCACACACACACACACACACAAACACACACACACACACACUUAAACACACACUGCCUCUGCGCCCUCACUGCAGCGUCAGACCACCAGCAUCAGAGACGACCAUAGCGAUUGUAGCUGUGCAUGAGGAGGCCGCACCACACCGUCACGCGCUCAUCUUUACCGUUUGCUUUAAUGAUUCAUGACGAUUGUAUCACAGCCGUUACACCUCAGUUUUAUCUUCUCACAACAAAACCAAAAUUUACUUUCUCAACCAAAAAAAAAAUAAAUCCCGUCUUAGAUCGCAGCGUCGUGACCUUAAAGUCCGAAAUAUGUGUUAAAAAUAAAAUAAUAUUUUGUAUUCCAAAUGAAGAGCUACAGAUAUUUAAUGUGAUUUGUUGGAGCAUGAAAAAGAAAUGUUUCUGGCGCAGAUUCAAUCAAAAGUGAUGAAACAAUAUUCUGGACCGGUUCAUUUCUUAACUCUGUCUGUAUUAGGUCAUUACUAUAGAUUGUACCGUUCUAUUGUGAGGUUAACUCUCGAGACUUCUCUUUGCCAAA